GCGGGGAAGAGGAAGGAGAGAGAGGAGGGGGACAGACCGACGGCGGCAGUCGCAGCACAGAAGAGGAUGAGACAAAACACGAUCACGGAGUCAUUCACUUCAAAGUAGCAGAUGGAGUUCAAGAAGAAGUGGCUGCGGUUUGUGUACAGUCAGCGCCUGGCAUUCAACGUCUUCCGGAGCGAGCCAUGGUUGGACGUCGUCCGACAGUUCAGGGACUUGCCGGGGCCAGUGAAGGUGUUGUGGCCUUCAAAGCAUGAGAUCACGGACAUAGAGACCAUUGUCCACACGGCGGACGAUGUGGGGGCUGAUCUCGCGGAGGUCAGGGCUCCUUUCUAUGUCACGGGGGCCACCAUCAUGUCAGACGGAAGGAAGUCACGCGAUGCUAGACCCAUUGUGAACUUCCUUGCCGGCGGGUCGUGUGGGGUGAUGCUCGUCCGGACGAUGAACAGGGAGGGUGAGCGGGAUGAUGUGUUGGCGCGCUGGAUCAAGGUGUUCGAUGACUUCUCCCCUAAGUGGGUGAACGGCACCUGCACCGACUCCGCCUCGGCGUACGUCGCCGCGGCGAACAUGCUCCAGGGGCCCCAGCAGAGGCCGGAGCAUCAACGGAUCACGUCGCUCCCAUGCGCAGUGCAAGUCUGCAACAAGAUGUUGUCAGACAUUGGCUGUUCGGGCCCGUGGUCCAAGGACAUCAUCGUGAGGGGGAGAGCGAUGGCGCGCUUCAUUAAGGAGCACGACGCCGCUCUCCAUAUCUUCCGGGGGGAGAGCACUCAGAUGGGCCUCAUCUAUCCUUGCGAGACACGUUUUGCAUCCGUGUUCGCGAUGGUGGAGCGUUUGCUGACACUGAGGUCAGCUUUGGAGAGGACCGUGGAUGGCGAUACUUGGGGUAUGGUCCCUUGGGACCAUUCCGUUCGUCAGUUGGCUAGGUGGGUCAGGUGGCAGGUGCGACAUGGCAGUUGGUGGGAUUCCAUGGGCAUCUUGUUCCGUAUCAUGGAGCCUGUGUACGACCUGCUGCGCAGGUUGGACCGCAGAGGGCUGCACAUGUCGCGGGUGGUUGAGUGGACCCAGGAUCUGGCACGCCAGGUAGCAGAGGAGGUUUGUGCACUUCCGGCAGAUCUUCUACACUACAUUGUGCAAAGGGUGCAGGCUCGAUGCGCUCACAUGCUGGAGCCGACGCACGUCGCUGCUCACCUUCUCUGUCCCAGCCGGCAGGACUUGCGGUACUUCGAGGGCGUGGGUCGCUCUGGCAUGGCAUCAUCCACCGCUCUUCCCACUUCGACGGACCAGCUUCAUCGGCAGCUAGCCGGUUCAAAUCGAUUGCAGAGAUUGGUGAGGGGUCCGAGACAGCGAUUGGAGGACAGAUUGGAGGGCGGUCCUAUGCUGGUGCAAGGUGACGACGGAGACAGACAGGGGUUGGUUGGUGGAGAUGGUGGUGCGAUGGCCGGAGGUGGAGGCGGUGCCGAGGUUGAUGCGGCGGUUGAGGGGAUACCGAUGGGCGGCGGAGGCGGUUUCAGUGAGUUUGGCGAUAUGGGUAUGCCCCCGGGAGAGAGCGUGGGUCUUCCCCGUGGAGACAGCGAGUCCCGUGGGGACAUUAGUGUGGGAAUGCAGGCCUUAUUGGGACAGAUCAGCCUCCUGGACCCGAACAGUUUCUCCCCUGCCAUGCACGGAGAGGUGAUGUCGGGGGCAGAGGGAGACGAGGAUCGCACACCUCCUGGAGAGACAUCUGAGGAGAGGUUGGAUAGGCUUGAGAGUCGUCGAGCAUGCCUCAUGGCACAGAGGGACCCCAGGACGCAGGAGCUCGCCCGUCUUGCGGCCGAGGACCGACAACGGCAAAUGGGGACAUAUACGACGGCGUCUGUUGACGUGGGGCCAGCUGCCCACACGGAUACUCCUGCAGAGGUUCACGACACGACGCAGUGGGAGGCGGCUUCGGCAGAGGUUUCGAGUACGGGUGUAGAUGUUCAGCAGGGGACGCACGAGAGCGGGUUGGCACCGACAGAGGAGCCACGUUCGGAGCCGGCGCAGCCUCCUGUCGUGCAGCUGAGGCCAGAGGAGACAUUGCAGGAGGUCGCGGGCGUGCCUCUGCCCGCGGGUUCAGUUGAGGGUGCCGUGCAUAUGUCCCCAGGUUUGGAGGACAUACAGACGGGGCAGUCAGUGGGCGUUGAUGAUAUUCGCCUAUCGGCGCAGGCGGAGGGGAUAGCGCCGACCACCGGGGGGGACGGGGCCGUGGCGGGGGCCGUUGGUUUUGGCGGGUCGGAGGUGCCGCCCGCGGCCGAUCUGAUGUCCACGUCUGGCGGGGGAGACCCCGCACAGGUGGACAGGCGUGACGCGGAUGGACAGGAUAUGCCACAGACUUUGGUGCUUCGCACUGCUGUGGGGCCAGUGGUGCCACAUCAGGCACCGUUUUUGGAGGGUUAUAGGCGUCCUGCACAAGGCGGUGGCCAGGUCGAGGAGCGACGGGGCUUACCUUCUGGAGGUUCCGUCGCAGCGGCAUCGGGCGGGGUCGCAGGGGACUUACCUUCUGGAGGUUCGGUCGCAGCGCCAACUGGAGGCGCUGCAGGCCCUUCAUCACCCUUGAGCAUAGCUCCGAGGGAGGGCGGCAGCCUCACCCCGAGGUCGGUUGCCCGUAGGCGGAGAGACACUACCCAGCGUGCGCGGGAGUUGCUGGACACCAUGUUGUUCGGUCGCACAGAUCGACCAUGGAGUGAGACGAGACGGGUGAUGACGGCGAGUGCCGGUCGUCAGCUAGGUUUGAGAGGCGUUUCCACGAGCGCGAGACGUCGAGAUGUUGUAGCUGCAGGGUUUGGCGGCAGAGGGGGUGGCGACGGUGGCAGUGGUGGCGACGGUGACGGCAGACGUGAGGGCGCAGGCGGUGCCACGACAAGCGCAGCGGAUCCGCCGCGGACGUAUGGUUUGAGAGAGGCGUCGAUUAUUUUGGAGGAGCCUGAUUUUGUUACACGACUGAGGCAGGCCCGACACGUGCCCUUAGAUCGACGCCAGGAGUGGGAGACUUCAGGGACUGACGGUCUACCUAUGGCACGCGAGUCACGCCCACGUGAUGACCUAGCAGCAACAGCCAUCAGGACGGUGAGAGGCAGGAAAGUCAUUAUGGACGACGAUCCGGACGAGCUUCCCGUCGCUCCUGAGCCUUCCGCUGGCGGACACGGCGGCUAGCGUCAGAGAGAUUGAGGAGGUGGCAGGGGUCGGUCCCACGGAGGAGUUUCUCAUCGGUCCGAGCGAGAUCCGCGUGCGCACGACGAUCG